UCUCUUCUCUCCCCCAAGUGUCUUUACGUUUUAAGCGGAGGCGCACCCACCUCACACUUGCGUUUCGGAGGACUUGGAUCUCGACAUGGCGGAGAUCUGUUGCGACGUCGCGGGCAAGGCGGAGCCGCCGGUUGCCCCCUGCGAGCCUAGUACCCGCGCGGUCAGGCGCCGCCGGAUGGUGAUCCGGCGGUUCAAGUUCGUUGCUGGCGUGGAGGCGGUGGAUCCGGCGGAAGAGGCGCGCCGGAAGAGGCAGCGGUUGGGUUGCUCAGCCUCGUUGCCCGCCUUGGUGCCCCUGGAUUUGGAGAACUCGGUAGCCUCGGAAUUGGAGCCCCGGAGAGCUUGCGAGCUGGAGGACGCGGACUUCCGCACCUCGAGGUACGGGGUGAUGUCGGUUUGCGGCCGGAGGAAGGAGAUGGAGGACGCUGUGUCCGUCCUUCCCGAUUUCUCCCGGCGAACAUGUGGGUCCGUCGGUGGGAGCCACCAUUUCUUCGGCGUCUACGACGGCCAUGGUUGCUCCCAUGUGGCGGCGUUAUGCAGUGGUCGGAUGCACGAGUUCGUGGCGGAUGAGAUGUCGAGGCUCGGAUCUGUUCCACCGACUCCGGGGGCUUGGACGGGGCUGAUGGAGCGGAGCUUCUUGCGGAUGGACUCGGCGGCGGCGGAGGCGCUGCAACAAGGAGGCCGGCCAACCCUCUGUUGCCGCUGCGAGCUCCACGCACCGAGGUGCGACAACGUGGGCUCCACCGCCGUCGUCGCCGUCGUGGGGCCCACCCGCAUCGUCGUGGCCAACUGCGGCGACUCCCGCGCCGUCCUCUGCCGCGGUGGCGCCCCCUUGCCCCUUUCCUCUGACCACAAGCCCGACAGGCCGGACGAGCUGAGCCGGAUCGAGGCGGCGGGUGGUCGAGUCAUCUACUGGGAGGGGGCGCGAGUUCUAGGUGUGCUCGCCAUGUCCCGAGCUAUCGGGGAUGGCUAUCUAAAGCCCUACGUGACAUCAGAGCCGGAGGUGACCGUGACGGAAAGGCGCGAUGACGACGAGUUCCUCAUCCUUGGCAGCGACGGGCUGUGGGACGUGGUCACCAACGAGAUGGCGUGCGACGUCGUCCGCACGUGCCUGCGUGCCAAGGCGCCCUUGAAGGAGCCCAUCGGCGAGGAGGUGGUCGGCAGAGAUGGCCGUUGCAGCGAUAGGGCGUGCUCCGACGCAGCGGCCCUGCUGACGAAGCUGGCGCUUGCGAGGCAGAGCGCGGAUAAUGUCAGCGUGGUCGUCGUUGACCUCAGAUAGUGUAGGAGGAGAUGGUAGCAGUAGCAGUUGUGGUAUGUGAAGCCGCGGUGGAGAAGCUUUCACCUCCAGUACUAUGGUAGUUCUUUUUUCUUUUUUUUUUCUUGUUUUAUUAUUUACCACCUCAAGAUCCGAACUAGGAAAACUUGAGGCUGUAAUGUCGAGUGAGGAGGAAAGGGUGGAGACUUAAACGAAGGAUCCAUUGGUAGGAAAAAGGCGAAGGGAAAAUGCCUUUUAAUUUGUAUUUACUGCAAUUAGUGAAUUUAAUAUAUAUAUAUAUAUAU